CUUCUUACAAACGUGUCAAUAAAGACGAGAAUAAUAGGCCACUUUAUCACACUCAGAUUUUCAUACAGUCAAGUAUCUUAGAUAAAACAUCAUGGCAUUAACAGGAUUGUUGCUGAUAGGAUGUGCGUUUAUUCCACAAGCCUUUUCAUAUUUUGUCAAUAUCGAUGCACAUGGUGAAGAGUGUUUCCAUGACCGCGUUUCACCUGGAACAAAAAUGGCCUUAAUGUUCGAAGUUGCAGAUGGAGGAUUUUUAGACAUUGAUGUUAAGAUUGUUGGACCAGACCAGAAAGUAAUAUAUUCUGGGGACAGAGAAAGCAAUGGGAAGUACACAUUUGCAGCCCACAUGGAUGGUGUUUACACUUACUGUUUCAGCAACAAAAUGUCAACAAUGACUCCCAAAAUUGUGAAAUUUGGUAUGGACAUUGGUGAAGCCCCGAAAGAAGCUGGAAAGGAUGAUGAUGCUGAACAUGAUAAACUGAAUGGCAUGAUACACCAGCUAUCUUCAACUUUAAUUGGUGUCAAACAUGAACAGGAAUAUAUGGAAGUGAGAGACCGUGUUCACAGAGCAAUCAAUGACAGCACCAACAGCCGAGUAGUGUGGUGGGCCUUUUUCGAAUGUUUGAUUCUUGUUGCCAUGACGCUUGGACAAGUUUAUUACUUGAAGAGGUUCUUUGAAGUAAAGAGAGUGGUAUAAUUCUUAGCUUUUGACAAUUAGAAUAGCUAUCCGGCUUUGUUUUCCCUUUCCUCUUUUAACUAGGCCCUUCCUUUUAAGACCUUGUUGCAAACAUCUUGCUCUCUACAUCCUUUCCUACUAUUGUUGUUACCUACUUAGUUUGUUUUACAAUAAGUAUCUUUUUGAGUACACCAUGGCCAGAUUCACCUUGCCCCCAUUUCAAAUGCUACCUUGCACAAGCUGCGUUGUUUAUUGUGCAGGCCAAGAUAUGUAUAUAAAUGUUAUAUUAUAAGUCUCUCUGCACAAAGAAACAUAUCUGAUAGAAUGAACAGAUCAUCUAAGCAACACAAGUAUUUGGCUCCAGGAAAUGAUUCUAUUUCAAAAUAAAAGGAAGAAAAUUUAAAUACCUAUGUCCACUAAUUAUCAGAAUUUGCCAUCCUUUUUUCAAUUUGUAUGUCCUUCCUUGUUCACCUUGUUCAUUGUUAUGAACUGAGAACUAUUUCUGUAUUAAUAAUAUACAUGGUGUUGUUUUUCUGCUGACAAGUUUUCUCAUGUACAUGACAUGAUACAAGUAUUUAAAGAAACAUGACAGUAAAAUUUUAUGAGACAUGUCAAAAUUUCUGACAGAGUUACUAAA